UGAACGAAUUUUCGUGUCUAUUCCAUUCCCAUUUCUUAUGGCGACGCGGUAGCGUACGUACGACCAUGAUUAACUUUUUAUUUAUCGUAUGAUAAUAUUACGUGUAUUUGUUUACACUGUGUAUUAAUUUUGUGUCCAUCUGAAAAAUUGUUUUAUUAUGUGCUGUAUUUCGUGAGGAAUAUAUAGUGGUUUUUGUUCGCUUUCACUACCAGAAGUGCAUAAUCAAAGGCAGUGUUACAUCUACAAUGAAAAGCGAUUUAAAGAUAUGGUCCUUCGCUGAGAUCGCGUUUCAAGCCGAGCUGAACCGAGAUGACGCUUCAGACUCCGAGGAAGAUGCAUUCUUGCUGUGCGGAGAGGACCCCGACACCAAAGAGAGGAGAAUCGAUGAGCUAAGGAAUAUGAUUAAAGAAAGGGGAGAGGCCCAUCCCCACCGAACAGACGACGCAUAUCUGCUUCGAUUCCUUAGAGCAAGGCAGUCAAUUCCAGCACGAGCUCAUCGAUUGUUAACACGGUACUGUGAUUUCCGGGAGCAGAAUCCACAUUUAUGGCGUGACUUGGACUGGUUUAGUCUGAGGAAGCUCGGCCACAUCUUCGAAGGAGUGUUGUACGACCGGCCUGACGUGGGCAGACUCAUCGUCUGUAGGAUGGGUCUCUGGGACCCAGACGAGAUACCUGUGGAAGACCUGGUCCGCGCCUGUCUGCUGCUCUUGGAGAUUGGCAUCAUGCAACCUAAGCUACAGAUAGUGGGUGGCACGGGACUCCUGGAUUGCGAGGGGCUCACUAUGAAGCACAUGCGGCAGUUCUCGCCUUCAGUCGCCAUGCAGAUUAUGAAUAUUAUGGUCUAUUCUUUCCCCCUCCAUCAACGUGGGAUCCACAUCGUGAACUGCUCGAGGUUCUUCGAAACAAUAUUUCCUUUGUUCCGACGGUUCGCACCGGCCGACGACCUAUGGCAGAAAGUGUACAUGCACGGAUAUGAUAUUAGCUCUUUACACAGACACGUGGAUCCAGAAUGCUUGCCAAAGAAAUAUGGCGGAUAUCGCGACCCCGUUUCUUUGGAAUUAUGGCUGACCAAGAUUAAACAAUACGGAAGCACGGAAUUCGAUGACGAAAUGAAGAAUCUCGGAUACAAAAACAAUUAUUAGUUAAUUACCUAAUCGUUUGAAAUGAUCUGUAUAAGUAUUUAGGUUUUGGUUACAAUACGUACCGAUCAAUGUUUCAAUGAUCUCGAUUUUAAGUGUUUUCUUAUUUAAAAUAACAUGUUCAAAGUAACAAGUUCAAGUUAUGUUUUAACGUCCUUACACGCCUUACAGUCUUGCUUAAGGCUUGACAAAUAAUUUAAUCUUGAGAUAUAGUUUAAGUAGCUUUGCGUAAAGUUUAAUAAAAUCAUGUAAAACAUCUUUGAUUAAAUAAAGUAAAACAUGAAGUAUUUCUAAGAAUAACGAUUUAUACGAAUAAAAUUUCUAACACUAUAUUUUAUGCCUGUAUUUGGAAUAAAGUUUUGACGAAUUAAUGUUAUAAACAAGUGAUCAAUAAAUGAAAUACUUAAUAAAUUUUUGAGAGAACAA